ACUCAAGCUCCACGUAGCAAGCGUCGGCAACAUAUAAGAGACCGUCUGCAGGUAGAGAACGCUAGAGUGUUUAGACCAGGAUGGAAGUAUAAGAGAGAACUGAAGGGAUACAAAAAGGCUUUUACGCCUGAAAAAGAAGCAAUGGUUGAUCGACGAGACAAAUUGUAGCAAAAAGUUUAUAAAUUCGAAGGAUUAUAAGGCCUUAGAGUCUAGUGAUUUGUUGGAUUUGCCGACGGAAAUCGGAUUGGAACAUAAAUCAUUCUUGUCAAAUUUAAACUGCCGACACUUCUCUUUUAUUAGUUACAGAUCUGCAAAUCAUCAGCCUCAACAUGAGAACGGUAAGUUACCCAAGAGCUAGAAACUUUUUAAGCUGCAAUCAAAUAUAAAUAUUUAAAUAUUAUGUCUACUGCAUUUGCAAAUAAUGAUCACGUAUGACUACGCAUUUAAAACUACUACCAGUGACCAGAAAGUUCUUUAGUCGGGUCGAGGCUUUGUUUCGCCGACGGCUAUUUUUAGUACCAACUACACACAACGUCGAGGUCACCAUUAUUUUUUUUUGUUAAUAGGUUAGUCCUAACGGUUUUAAAAUAGCUGUACCAAAAUCAGUAUGUCUAAGUGUAUUCUAAAUAAUUAAGCUUGCGCUUAGAUCGUUAAGCCGUAACUUGACUUAAAUUAAUUAAAAAAUUAGCCCAAUUUAUUGUAGUUAAAAAAUAUAUUAAUAUACUAAAUUAUAAUAAAAACUUUUUUUACAGACUCAGACACUUUACUUUUACUUAGUUACUUUACUUUACUGUUACUUUUUCUAGUUUCUUGUAUUACUAAAAAUUAAAUUACUUGUAUUUUGUCACUGUGCAAGAUUAUAAUUUGAGUAGGGCUGUGAACUGUGAAAGUGAAUGGCAGAUAUAAACUAGCUUGUAACUUUUUGAUAAGGACUAAGAACUGACUAUAGUCUAUAGUAAUAAAGGUUUCUUUCAGUGCUUUUUUUUUUUUUUGUAAAAAAAUAGGCGCCGCUGGUACUCCGUGAUUGAUUGACUAACUUUUAACUACCAGUUCGCACCUGGAUGCAAGCUAAAUCACAACUGCAAAGAUACUAAAUGUCUAAAACAAUUUUAUUUUAUAAUUAACCAACUUAAAUUGUUUUAUUAUUACUUUAUUAUUAUUAGUAUACCGAAUUAAUUAAUAAUAAACGUUAAAAUACAAGAAAAGUAAUAAUUUUUUCCCCACAUUGAAAAAGGUGCUGGUACACCAUAUGAACUAUGGACAUGGACAAAUCAUAUCAACUCUGUUGGACUUUAUUUAACCAACCAGUCAAAACUCUUUGUCUUAAUUGUCUUUUUGAAUUGUAAUUUGAGUUGUUUCAGCUUAUAAGUUAUUUAGAAUCAGAUUUUUAAAAUGUAAAGUUCUUUAGCUAGGUACUCAUUAAGCCAUUUGAUUAUAUUUACUCUUUUAUUAGCCUAUUUUUUAUUAAGAUUAAUACAAUAAUCAAUAGACCACAUUAAAAACAUGACUGGACUAGCAAUUGAACAGCCUACUGAGCCUACUGUAACAUAAUUAAUUAUAAUUACUUUAACUACCACCAUCAUACACUUAUAUUUGGAUGUUAAUGACAUGUAAUGUGACAUGUCAAACCCAACUAAUACUAACUUGUAGCAUUUCAAAUGCCAUUGUUAACAUACGAAUUUGUGCAGAAUUAAGGAAUGGACUAAGGGAUCUAUAUAAUAAAUAGGCCUAUACACACUCACACACACAUAUGUAACAUUAAUACUCAAUAUUAAUAAACUGUUUUAAUGCCACACACUUGACACACUAUAUUCUCAUACCUGCACACAAAAUAAAUAAUUCAAACUUUUGUGCCCUACUUAAAGGUUUAAACAUCAAUAAUAUUAAUAAUAAUGAAGAAUGUAAUAUUUGAUGGCCAAACAUGAACUUCGGGAGGUCAGGGCUACAGACAAGACCUAACGUCUUGUUUCAAAUUAUAUGUUGUAUUCCACAGAAAAAUAGUUAGAGCUUGUUGCUAAUGUAUUUGAUGGGGGUAAUAGCUAUAGGCACCACCCCCCCCCCCCUUUCCCCAAACCACCAGAUGAUGGAUUAGUAUUGACAAUUGAAUAAAUUAAAAAAUUUAUUUAGAAAGAAAACAAAGAUCAGAAUUUUUUUAUAACCUGAGUUAUUAAGUUAUAGUCCUUUAAGUACUUGAAUAUAGAAUCAUAAAUUUGAUAAAUAGUAGUAUUAAUACAUUGGGAAAUGUAAUUAUACUUAUAAACUUUUCUUUUUUUGAGUGUUCAAUUAUAUAUUGAUUUGUAUUGAAAAUAUUUUUUUUAUAUUUAGAUUGAAGAAGUUUCCUCAAUGAGAUCUUCAGCUGUUAGGCCAAACAGCUUGGAGUUGGACAAUGCUCUUACCUUAGACAUGGAUAGUGUUUUUCCUGACCUUGACAACAACAACAGCAAUAAUAACAUCAGACCGAACACUAACUCUCGAAAUAGUAGGAAGAAAAAGAGACGGGCAGCCAUUAAAAAAUUCAAUGGUAAGUGUGGACUUUUUUGUUAUUUCUUUGUUUGCUUUUCCAUUGCUGUGAAUUUUUUAUAUUUCUGAAAAAAUGUAAUCAUGCUAUCAUGUUAGUUCUUUAAUAUAUUUCUUUUCAUUCUUCAGACCUUUAUGAGGAAACUGGGGAGUUUUUGGGGAAUGGAUCAUAUGCUUCAGUCAAGACAUACAGAAAUAAAGAAACGGGCAAAGAAUUUGCAGUAAAGGUAAUUUCUAAAAAAAAAAACAUUAAAAACACAAUUUAUUAAGAUACAUAAUUAAACAAUUUUAAAAGUUGAGUAUAAUAUUAAUACUUUGUUAAGGAACAUACUGUGCUGUAUGCAUCCUCACUGAGGUUACUAUUAUAAUUGCAGAUGAUCAACAAGUGCACCAGUCUACAGCGAAGUAAAGUGUUCAAGGAAAUAGAAAUUUUCCAUCAAUGUCAAGGCAGUGAGAAUAUCCUGAACUUGGUGGAGUAUUUUGAGGAAGAUGAUGUUUUCUACCUGGUCUUUGAUAAAAUGGAAGGUGGCACACUUCUCAGCAACAUAGAGAGCCGUGGUCACCUCAGUGAAUAUGAAGCUUCACUGGUUGUUAGGGAAAUCGCUCGUGCUCUUGAUUUUCUACACAGCAAGGGCAUUGCUCAUCGUGAUUUAAAACCCGAGAACAUCUUGUGCCAAAGAGUCGGGGAGGUUGUUCCACUCAAGAUCUGUGACUUCGAUCUUGCCAGCGGUGUGCCACUUAGUGUCAACAGUUCUGAUGGCAGUAAGACUCCAGAACUUCUAACACCUGUGGGCUCUGCAGAGUACAUGGCACCCGAAGUUGUUGAUGCCUGGGUUGGAGAGUCCUUCUCAUACGAUAAAAAAUGUGACCUCUGGAGUCUAGGAAUAAUUUUGUAAGUGUGCCUUAUUUUUUUCUUCUAAAUUUAUUAUUCAUUUGCAUUUUUAAGUUCCAUAUAUAAAUAUGUAAUACAAUUAACGAUUAAAUGUUAUUUCAUGUAAUUGAUGCUAUAACUUAUUGGUAGUAUUUUGAUUUUAAUUAAAUGUUCAAUUCUUUUAAUGUCAUCAGGUAUAUAAUGUUAUGUGGCUACCCUCCUUUCUACGGCCAAUGUGGGGAGGAAUGCGGAUGGGAAAGAGGUGAGGCUUGUCAGGACUGUCAGGAGCUACUUUUCAAUUCAAUUCAAGAUGGUGUUUAUGAGUUUCCCGAAGUUGAGUGGAGCUGCGUGUCGGAGAGUGCCAAGGAUUUAAUCAAACACCUUUUGGUACGCAAUCCCCGCAAGCGCUACUCUGCUGCCGAUGUUCUUCAACACCCUUGGGUGACUUGUCCUCCAGCUGCCACACCACUUGCAACCCCCCAUAUUCUUACUAGGUAUGUAAUCAGGAAUUGCUAUUAAUGGCCUUAACAAGAAAAAGGAAACUAAUACAAACCAAAACCUAAUCUUUUAUUUUUCAGUGUGCAGAUUAUAUUUAAGAGUUUUCUUAUAAAUUAAAAUUUUUAUUUUCACAGAAACAACAGUACCAAAGACUUGGAGUCAUUUGCAGAGACCGCCAUUUCUAUUAACAGAAUGAUGCAGCAGCACCUCAUUAUCUCAGGACCCCAGUUUUUUGUUGGCGGUAAUAAGCCAGAGAAGGUGAGCGAAGAGAGCAGUGGGGAUGAUGAUGAGGUUCAUAGUGACAACGAUUUGGAUUCUGCCCUGUGUUUUGACUUUUCUAAUGGUGUCAAACUGUCCCCUCCUGGCCUCUCAGACCUUGCAAAGCGCAGAGCUACUGCAACUCAUGCUUCUGCAAAUUAUGUCAACAACUGUAAAAAUAGCCACCGUCAUCCACUAAUCACACGCUGUGGCUCAGCGAUGGGAAGUGUGGAAAGUUUCUGUAUUAGCUCAGGGAGCUGGCAGUAAAAAGGAGGGCAGAACAUAACUUACACUUGAGUUAAAUUUUUUUUUUUUCAUUCCCCAUUCCUCAUCCUUCAGAGACUGCAUCAAAAUUACCUCUUUUUGCUUGGUUCUUAAAAUUUCCAUUUGACAUUAGCUUAUACAUCAUUAGGGUCAUCAGCAAUAUUCUGAUUAUCUGACCAAGGACGGUAGCGUAUUUAAGUAUGACUAAAACAACAUAAGACUAGACGGUUGUGUUCACACACACAGACGACUUUACUUUUUUUAAGAAUAUAUUUUUGCUUUAUGGACAAAUUUGAAAUUUAAAUCCACCAAAUUUGAUGAGUGCAUGUAAGAUAUGUAGAUGGUAUUUCUAGAUGUACUUACGUUCAUUUCUUGAUAGUUAUGUUUUGAUUUGUUGCCCUCUUAAUUUGUUUAGAUAUAAAAUACAACUUUGUGUUUUAGCAUGUGAAUAAAAAGUCUUUUUGUCAUUGGAAAUCAAUACCCAAGUGGUCUAUAGAGAAAAAAAAGUUGGAUACUAACCUGAUAUUAAAAUAUUGGAUAUGCUCUAAUAAUGCACUUUUUU